AUGUCUCUAGUGCUACGAUGCUUGGAUGAUUCAACAGGGACAGCAAAAGUAGAAGAAUAUUGGGUUGAGUUUUUGAAGGUGGAUGACACAUCAGGUCUUGGGUUAUCAAGUGAACUUAUGAAUGUGUUAAUUAGAGGUGGGCUUGACAUUGAUGACAUAAGAGGAAAGGGGUAUGACAAUGGAUCUAACAUGAGUGGAAUACACAAAGGCGUACAAAAAAGAUUGCUUGAAAUAAAUCCUAGAACUUUUUAUACAGCAUGUGGUUGUCAUAGUCUUAAUUUGACCUUAGUUGAUAUGGUGGAAUGCUAUCCUAAAGCCAAGUCAUUAUUUGGAGUGGUGCAACGCAUCUACACAUUGUUUUCUUCCUCUACAAAGAGAUGGACAAUUUUUAAAGAUAAGGUGUCUGGUUUGACUGUUAAGCCAUUGUCACAUACCCGUUGGAAAAGUCAUGUUGAAAGUGUGAAAGCCAUAAAAGAGCAAAUUGUACAUAUAAGAGAUGCUUUACUUGACUUGGCAGAAGUUGCUGAAGAUUCUAAAACAAAGAGUGAUGCUGAGACCUUAGCCCUAUAUGAUCUUGAGAAUUUUGAGUUCUUGCUUGGAAUAGUAAUCAGGUAUAACUUGCUACAAGCAAUAAAUAUCAUGAGUAAGUUUAUUCAAUCUGAAGAUAUGGAUAUUAAUAUUGCGAUCAAUCUAUUACAAGGGCUUGAUCAAUUUCUUGAUGAGUUUAGAGAAUAA